AUGGAAGAAAUUCAAAGGCAUGGUGUAAUGAAGUUCCUUGUAGAGAAGCCUUUACAAGGAUUUGAUGACAAUGUUCUGUACAUCUGCAAAAAGAACAUUGAAUGGAGAAAUUCAGUAAUAAAACAGGGUUAUGAAGAAUUUGUAAAACUUGGGCGAGAAUUGUCUGAAUUGGUGCAAAACAUGCUUAAUGAUCUGAAAUGCAUAGGGGUGAAAUAUAUGGAGGAUGGACAAACUAUUGACACUGCAGAUGCCAUAAGAAAAUCCUUUGAAAUGCAAGUUGAUAUGGUGAAGAGUGCAACAGUGAUCACCAAGAAUGAUUUCUCCACCAUUGCCAAAAUUGAAUCCUUACUAUUUUUAUGCAAAGAUCAUUUGAACAAUCAUGUCGAUAAAGUAAUACAGCGUAAGGAUGCAGAGUUCCAGUUUGGCAUUUUGAGAGAUGCCAUAGAGGAGGUUGGGGCUGCUAAUGUUGUACAGGUGAUCACUGAUUUAGCACGUGUGUGCAAAUCAGUAGGUUUGAUGGUGGAGGGUGCUUACAAACACAUCUUUUGGACCCCACGUUGUGUUCAUGCAUUGAACAAUGCAUUAAAAGACAUAGGGAAAAUAGAUUGGGUGAAGCAAGUGGUGGCAGAAGCUAGAGACAUUCAAAUGUUCAUUUGCAACCACCACACCUCACUUGCUCUCUUUAGAUCAUUUUCAAAGAAAGAGUUCCUUAAACCCGUUGAAACAAGGUAUGCCACUUACUUCAUCUUGUUGGAGAGGAUGCUUGAGGUGCAUGAUCCUCUACAACUGAUGGUGGUGAAUCCUGAGUGGGGUAGAUGGCGGGAAUCAAACUCUACUGGAGGAAAAUCUGUCAAACAAAAGAUUCUUGAUGACAAUUGGUGGUCCACUGUAAGAUAUGCUGAUACAGACUCUCCUAGUCUUGGAGAGAUAUACGAGACAUUUGACAGUAUGCUUGGGAAGAUUAAGCAAACAAUUUUGGCGAAGGAUCCUACUUUGGGGUUCUAUGAGCAACAUAUUAGGCCCAUUGUGACACGGAGGUGGAACAUAAUGAACACCCCGCUUCAUAUGGCAGCCUAUGCAUUGAAUCCCAAAUGGUAUGCACCAAAGGAUGGAAGGUUGCCUCCAUGUGACGAUGAUGAGGUUUUAGAUGGGUUCACGCGAACCAUUGAUAAGAUAUAUACAGAGGAGCAGGCUUCCAUACUUCGUGCACAAUUCCUUGACUUCACAAAUCUUCGUGGUCCUACAUUGAGUAAACCACAGGCGAGGUUGGACAUAGCUAUAUUAGCCCAGAGAGACCCUAUUGGAUGGUGGACAUGGCAUGGGAGGGAUACACUACAAUUGAAAUUGCUUGCCACUCGCUUACUUUCACAGGUUGCUAGUUCCUCUGCUGCAGAGAGGAAUUGGUCCACAUAUGGCUUUAUCCACUCUAUCAAGAGGAAUAGAUUUACCUCUAGACGAGCGGAGAAGCUAGUGGCCGUGCAUAGUGCUCUUCGACUUCAGGAUCGUCAGACUCCAGCUUUACGAUGGGAUGUUGAUCCCAAAGAUGUGGCCCAGGUUGAUGAGGAGGAGACACCACAGGGAUUGGUUGGGAUUCCAUUGGACGAGGUGGACGUUGACCAGGAUAGUGGCAUAGACUCAGAGGACUCUGAUUUUGAUGCAAUGUUAGGAGAUGUACAUUAG